AAAUAUAUCGUAUGGAUGGCUGUAACAGUGUUGCCCUGAAAUAACAUACGACAUUUGGCUCCGCACUGACAGCCAUGAGCGGCGAGAAGCCCGCUGGCGUUCUUGUAGGGCAGAAGGGCGUCAAGUAUGGCCUGCAAAAGGUGGCUCCCAAGAAGCCCGGGCAGCUGGGUAUGGCCCAGAAGCCUGCUGGAAAUGCGCCACGCAAACUAACGCCCGGCAACGUGUUCGGGGAUGACGACUCAGAGGAGGAAGAUGUCGAGAAGCAAAUUGCGCGUCAGGCGGAGAAGAAGCGCGCGGCAGCGAAGGUGCAGCAUAUGUACGAGGAGGCUCUGGCGCAGGACCCCUCCGCCUUCGACUACGACGGCGUGUACGACGCCAUGCAGGCGGACAGGGCGCAGCCCAAGAUGCAGGACAAGGUUCAGCGGCAGAGCAAGUACAUAGCCUCCCUGCUGGAGCAGGCGCAGCAGCGAAAGCGGGAGCAGGACGUGCUGUAUGAGCGGCGCAUGGUGAAGGAGCGCGAGGCCGAGGACCACCUAUACGAGGGCAAGGAGCGGUUCGUGACGGGCGCCUACCGCCGCAAACUGGAGGAGGACAAGAAGUGGGCGGAGGAGCAGGCGCGCAAGGAGGCGGAGGAGGCGGCUGCUGACGUUCGCAAGGUGGGCCAUCUGGGCAACUUCUACGCCAACCUGCUGACCAAGAACGUGGCGUACGGAGGCAAAGACACCGACAAGGACAAGGACAACCAACAAGACAAGGACAGGGACCGGGAAGCACGGCGGAGCGGCUCUCCCUCCCCCGGGCCUGGACCCAAUGGGGACGGGGUCGAGGGGGCCGCGGGCCGCGGGGCCUCGAGGAGCCAAGAACGCUCGGCGUCGCCCUCCGCUGCAGACCACCCGGGCAGCCACAAGGUGCUGGGGCAGCUCGACCAGUACGACCGCCUGCGACUGGAGGCGGAGAGGGCGCUGCUGAGGGAGAGGAGGGAGCGGCAGAAGGAGGGGCGGAAGGAGCCAGGAGGGGAAGGGACGGAGGAAGCAGGGGAGGAAGUAGGGGAGGAAGGGCAGGACGGGCAGAAAGCAGGGGAGGGCGACGCGCGGCGGAGAGAGGAGCAGGCGCCAGGGGCAGCGGCGCUGGGGGCAGCCGCGCUAGGCACGAGUGCGGGCGGGCGGGAACGCUCAGUGGAGCAACCAGACGCAGCUGCUGCCCCAGUGGGUGCUGCAGCAGCGGGCGCCACUGCGGGUGCCACUGCCACUGCCUCAGCGGGUGCGGGUGCGGGUGCGGGUGGCGGCAAGCGGCGCAAUGACGACAGCCAGGUGGCCAGUGCGCGGGAGCGGUACCUGGCGCGCAAGCAGCAGCGCACGUGAGAGGAGGAAGGAGGGAGGGUUGGGGAAGGAGGAGGUGGAGGCGGGCAUGAAGCACAUGUAUGUGCGGGUGGACGUGCAAAGCAGCAGCGCACGUAUGAAGGUGGAGAUGGCCAUGUAGGCACAUGGGUGCAGCAGUAGGGACGUAGGCACGUACGGCAGGCGGACCUGUUGGAAUGGCACGCACCCGUUAUUGACGAUGCUCUAAGAAACUAAUUCAACCCGUUGCCGUGAGGGACAUGGCGAAGGAAGCAAGUGGCGGAUAUAGUUGGGUCCCAAGAAACUCAUUGCACCCAGCCCAGGCAUCGGCAAUUAUGGAACGACGUCGCCCGCGCUCACGGGACUCCUAUCUUAAUGUCUGGGACAUUCCUCCUGGGGCCUGCUGUCUGGGGCCAGACUUUGUUGGCCGGGGUUUGGGGCGGACUUUGUCCGAUCAGCCCCCAAACCGCCAUGCGCCCCGACAAAAGACGGCGGCCAGCCAGCCGUUGCUAGUGAUUGCGCGGGCCCAUAUAGAUUGCCAGCACCGCGUUACCGUGACCCAGAGCUGCUGCGUCGUGUUGAUCUGCGAGCCCGACUGCUGGGGCGGACAAUGCUGUUGGGCGCUCUUCGCUCGCCAGGCCGCCCGGUCACGCCACACAAUGCCGUGCGGGAGUGCUAGGAGUGCUAGGAGAUUCGGGACGGCGCGCACUGGUGUCCACGUUGCUGGGUGCUGCAUGCUGACGGCGAAGGGGAACCGUCCGCUGAGGAGGCAGGCUGCGAGGCUGCGGCGACUGACACGGUUGUGUACAGCUGGAAAAUGGGCUGAGCCCCGCAGCAUCAGGGAGGACUGACUGACUGCAAAUCGGUAGACGAACCCUGGCCCCACGUCUACCCCCAAGGGGAAGCGAUCGAGGCACGAGACCUUGGCCGUGGGAGUGUCGCAAGUGUCGCAAUGCCUA